CCACAAUCUACUAUAGCUUUUAUGGCGUGAUCAUUCACAAGAACAGUGAAGGUACACUCACAGCUCUGGUGACUGCUUGCCUGCGCAAGCAAGCAGGCAGCCAGCGUUCACAGCUCGAUUUUUCCAGCUGCUUGCAGAGCCGAAAAUUGGCGGAACAUUUGAAUAUGAUUAAAAUGAAAUAUACUGUUUUAAUACAUAUUAAUAAUAAAAGGGUGUAAAAAAACUAAAAUUACUGCAAUAUUAAUGUUUUUUCUGUAGUUAAGUGAUUUAUGUAUGACUACUGUGGAAAAAAGUGAUGUGUGUAUUUAAGUUAUUCUAACCUCAAAAAUUCUCACUCCUGGUCUGUCAUCGUUGCAUGCUGUCAGAAUUUGUUAUGGAUAACGAAAUGAACUAUUAUUCAUCAUCAGAAUCUGAUGAUAAUCUCACGAAGAUUCUCCUUGGUCUUUUUGUACUUCGUAGAAAAAGGCGAAUAAAGAAGAGAAGAUUUCGUGUAAAUAAACUGUGGUUGAGUAGAGAACAAAAAGGUGCUCAUAAUUUUGGUUUGGAGACGGCCCUGUUCGAUGAUGUUAUGUUCCGCAAAUAUACAAGGAUGACCGUAACGCAAUAUGAAGAAAUACUUCAGCAAGUUGGUCCUAAAUUAUUGAGCAAGUCAACUCGAGAAGACAUUAUUUGCCCGUCGCUGAAAUUAAUGCUGACAUUAAGAUUUUUAGCUGCAGGAGAGAGUAUCUCAUCUCUUCACAUUCAAUUCCGAAUGGGAAAUUCUACAGUCGUGAAAUAUAUUUAUAAAACUAUGGAAGUUUUAUGGACAACGUUACAACCCAUUGUAAUGCGUAUGCCUGAAACUCCUGAAGAAUGGCUUCAGAUUUCAGACGUUUUUGAAAGGCAGUGGCAAUUCCCUCAUACCUGGGGAGCGAUGGAUGGCAAACACAUUCUUAUGCAGGCUCAACCUCACAGCGGUUCCAUCAACUUUAAUUACAAACAUCAUCAUAGCUUAAAUUUAUUGGCUGUUUGUGAUGCUGAUUACAAAUUCAUCGCCAUAGACGUCGGAGGAAGAGGCAGAGAGAGUGAUGGCGGAGUUUUAAGAAAAAGUAAUUUAGGGGAAAUGAUUUUUGAAGGAAGCCUCAAUCUGCCACCUCCAUCGGAGAUAUUUCCUGGAGGUCCGGUUGUACCAUAUUACUGUGUGGCAGACGAAGCAUUCCCUUUGCAUCCAAAUAUAAUGCGCCCCUUUCCUGGACGCUCAACUGGUCGGCUCCCUUUUUCUCAAAAAGUUUUCAAUUACAGAUUGAGCAGAGCCAGACGAACGAUUGAAAAUGCAUUUGGCAUUCUGUCCUCACAGUGGAGAAUCUUUCGUGUACCCAUCGAUGCCACCGAAGAACAUAUAAAGUUAAUUGUUAUAGCGAGUGCUUCACAAUUAUCUUCUAUCAAAUGAAGAGAACUGUCCUGAGGAUCAAAGACAUUAUUGUCCAAUUAACUUUGCGGACCGAAUAGAAAACGGAAUUGAAAUUGAAGGAGAGUGGAGGCGUGAUUUACAAAUGGAUGCAUUUGCUCCUCCUGAUGCAGUUAAUAUUUGUAAUUUAAGUGCUAUUACAAUCUGCGAACAUUUAAUGCACUACCUCUUAGAAGAAGGGCAAGUGCACUGGCAGACUGACCGAGUAAAUGAAGGGGUCUUCUAGUCUAACUUCGAUAACAUUUUGUGGUUUUGUUAUUAAAAUUGCUAUAUAUUUGAUUUUAAUGUAAUUUAUUCUUUGAUAUAAUUUUAAUGUAUUUCUUCGAAUAUUCUACGAAUUAUAACUUAAAAAAUAAAAGAUUCUUAAACUUAA